CCGCCCUGGGAGCCGCCGCCGCCGCCACCGCCGCCGCUCUCUUCCCCGGCCACGGCGCCGGCCUCUCCCAGCUGCCACCCCCCCGGUGCCACCCACGGAAGGAAGGCCCCACCCGACAUCCAUCCUCGCCCAGCCGGCCCAACCACGACAGCAAGAAUACGCCCAAGCUCAGCACCAUGGUUCUCUACUGCAAAGUGUGCGGCGACAUCGCCUCGGGGCUGCACUACGGCGUGCACGCCUGCGAGGGCUGCAAGGGGUUCUUCCGCCGCAGCAUCCAACAGAGCGUGCAGUACAAGCGUUGCCUGCGCAGCGAAAGCUGCCCCAUCGCCCGCACGAGCCGCAACCGCUGCCAGUACUGCCGCUUCAAGAAGUGCCUGGAGGUCGGCAUGUCCAAGGACGCCGUGCGGUACGGCCGCACGCCCAAGCGGGAGAAGGAGCGGCUCCUCGCCGAGAUGCGCAGCCUGGGCCUCGUCUCCGAGGUGCCGCCGGCCGAGCCCGAUGUCCCCCCGGGUGGCGGCAGCCGCCCCGCGCCAUCGUCGCUCGCCACCGCCGGCCACCCGUUGCCCUCCCGUGGCCCCCCCGGGGGCCCCGCCAGCCCCGACCUGGGACGGCCGCCCGAGGGCCUGCGACCGUUCGCGAGCUUCUGCGAGAUGAGCACGGACUGCGAGAGCGACGGCCGCGCCAGCUGCCGCAGCUACGGGGAGUGGUCGGACCCGGGCUCGGGCGACAGUGCCUACGAUUCGCCGAGGGGCUGCGGCGGCGGCGGCGGCGGCGGUGGAGCGGCCUCCGCGGGGGACGAUGUCGGCGCGCUCUCCGGAUUCUGUCCGGUUCCGCACCUUCGGCCGAACGUCCUGGCGUGCCCCCUGAACUCGAACCCGCUGGGGCUGCACGAGGGGGGCCCCCACGCGGCGUGGGAGGCUUUCUCCCACUGCUUCACGCCGGCCGUUCGUGAGGUCAUCGAGUUCGCGCGUGGGGUCCCCGGCUUCCAGGGCCUCUCCCGCCACGACCAGGUCGCCCUGCUCAAGUCCGGCACGUUCGAGGUGCUGAUGGUGCGCUUCGCGUGGCUCUUCGACUCUCGCGAGCGCUGCCUCACCUUCCUGGGGGGCCGGCGGUUCGGCGAGGACGAGCUGAGCGCCAUGGGCAUGGGGGAGCUGCUGGUGGCGAUGUUCGACUUCGGCGAGAAGCUCGAGUCGCUGCGCCUCUCCCCCGAGGAGCUGGGGUUCCUCAUGGCCGUCACGCUCGUCUCCGCAGAUCGGGCGGGCGUGGAGGACACCCGUGCCGUGAGGCGGCUCCACGAGGCGCUGACGCGGGGGCUGGGCGCCCUGCUGACGCGCAACCACGGCAACGACCCGACGCUGCUGUCCCGCACGCUGCUUCGCCUGUCGGACCUGCGCGCCCUCAACGGCAUGCACUCGCGCAAGCUGCUCAGCUUUCGCGUCGACCUGUAGGCGCCCUCGUGCCCCUGCCACCACCACCGCCGCCGCAACCGCCCGCACGCUCCGAGAGGGGCGCCACCGUUGGUUCUCGGUCCCGACUGCACGGCUGCCCGGGCGUUCUCCCGCGGGGCCUGUGAACCUGAGCUUUCAACAGAAGGGCACGCGACUCCGAUGGCCAUCCCUUGCGCAUCCGGAGGCGGUCCCAACGCAGGAAAUGCGAACAGUCAGCGAUGGGUCGAGACCUUCGGUGAACACCACGGGCUCGGUGGCGCGUGUGCGUUGCGCGCGCGCGAGCCACUUGGCCGAGAGGAUGCCGCCAGGGAGGCCGCUCUCCAUUCAGCACCCGCCCCGGAGACACUUGGGGAGGACGUCAUCGCUGCAAGUGCCAUUUCGUGGAUGCUUUUCUGCACAUAGUCGUUCAUCUGUGGCGCUCGGGUGGCGGGUGGAGGGGGGAGGGGUCGGGUUUGUGCAACCGAUUUGCCGCUCGCAGGUUCUGGGGUCGCAGCCGGGCCAGGUGGCACAGUCUCUGGUUCCACCGCUGUGCGUGCACAAAGCCACCCCCGUCGAAGGUUCACUCAGAAUGGCACAGCGAAGCCUCAGACUCAUCACUUCUGGGCUUGCCGAGUGGCCCUGUGGUGUUUUUUUUUUUACCGAAACAAAUAAAAAUAUAUAUAUCUACAGGAGCAGCUGCACGCAGGCAAGAGCGAGAGCAUCGUCUCGUCAUGUUUUCCAGUGACCCCCUGAUGCUGCUCGUCGUCGUUAUGCUUUACAGGAGGAGAUUGUUUUCUCCGCAUCAUUAUGGAACAAGUAGUUUGCCAUCACAGGAAGCUCGUGGUGAACCACGCAUCGAGGAAAGUGACGCCUCAACGGAGAUUUGUACAACAAACAAUAUUUCUCAGCCUGGCGUUUAUUGGCGAGCAGAUGUUGCGAGUGGGAUGCCUGUUCCGACAGGAAUAGACGGAGCGCAACACGGUGAUGAUGCUCGGCGGUGACAGCAUCAUCUUUCUGAAAAAUGGAAAUGGCGCGGCACAACGGACCGUAAAAUUACAACUCGGCACUCCGCUCGUCACUGCGCUCGGCAAUCCGCUCGUCACACUCUUCUCUCUUUGCUUAGAUUAUUCUUGAAGUGCAACAAAACAGCCUCCGGCGUUGGGGAUUAAGAGAGGAGGAAUUGAUCAUUUUAAAAAUCCGCUCCUAAAAUGAUUGAACGAAUACAUUCAAUAUCGCGCAGUUAUUGAGCGUGGACAGCAAAGCACUUUGGAAGUGACCUUGGCUCGCAUGCCCUGAGCACUGGGAAUUCCCACGAUGAACUUGCAGUCAAUGUGGAUAGACGUUCAUUCGUGGGUUGUGCUCUGUCCUGAGGUGUGGAAGGGGCACUCUUGCCGUUUUGAGCAUGCACUGGAGUCCCAUAAUGCACCGGGACUGCAUCGUGUUUGACGUUGCAUUUAUUUAUCAUCUCGUGUGCCACCUCUCAUAAUGAAGCCCAGGCAACCCUUUUUUAUCAUCAUUCCUGGCAAGAUGUUCUUUCCCCAAAAGAGAAGACAGAUUCUGUGGAAUACAGAGCUGUUAUGCGGAUCUUGGAGAGCGCUGUGUUUUUCGCACUUGUUAAAUGCAUUAUGAAUAGUAAUUAGCACGGUUGGCUAUGUACGCUGCGAAAUACGUUCAACAUGGUACAUUAUUUGACAGGACAUCACUACGCUAGAAAAUUGGGCUAACAAAUAAGGUUGCUGGUAUUGGAAUUGUAUCUCGGCAAUGCUGAGUGAUCCCAUAGGAUUGAUAUUCAGCUUUCGCUCCCCCAUGUCCCUUCAGCUUCAAUGCCUUCAAUGCAUUGCGAGGCGGCGGUGGCGCACGCCUGGAAUCCAACACCGUCGAGGCGAGGGUCGGUGCACCGCACAAAACGUUGCGAAGCCUCUUUCAGGUUGGGCAUCGAGGUACCAUACUGUGGCUUGCCAGGAGAAGGCAGCACAACAAAUGUGGACCUCACCUGAUGCGUCCAUAUUGUUGACCCAUAGCACGAGCGGGGGUACUUCGGGUGCCCCCGAUUUCCUCCCACAUAUAAACUCUCAUGAAUUGGCUGAUAACACCUUAAUAUUUCGAGGACCGCAGAGAUUGGGCAAUUGGUGGCGCCCACUUGUCUGUAGUUCGUCGCGUCUCUCCGAGAGUGGGCGGAUACUGUGGGUGUUAGAAGUCGAAAGAAGGGGGUUAUAUCAUCGUCCUUGUGAAUAGGAUGUUGUUACAAAGUGAAAUGCAGUAUCGUACAAACAAUCCUCAACGAACCCACUCUUGUAAAGUAAUGUUAUAUUUAUACCCUGUCGACGUUGACCGAGAGGAUGCCGCCAGGCAGAGGAGCGACUGAAGGAAAGUUGCGUCAUGUUCAUCGACGAGGCUGAUUGGUGCUUGUUCCGGGUUGCAAAUGUUGGACCAAUAGGAGACCUUUGGCCCUUUUCCACGGGCACAUCCAAACCACGCCAGCGCAAGCGCCCCCUUGCGGAAUGCAAGCUUUCUCACUGGUUAUUUGCGCGAGCAGAGUCGGAACCAACCCGUGAAACUCUUGGUCUCACAAGGCAUCUGAAUUUGGCUCGGGGGGGGCAAGCGCAGGCCAGGGGCGAGGUUCCACAGUAGAAAUACAAACCUGGUGCCUGCCGAACCCGGGCCGGGCCAGCGCGGCUCGCUUGUACAAUGGAAAAGAGGUAUUUAAGUCCGCCACACGGGUUUGCAGACCUGUGCGUUUUAUUACAGUAGUUGAGCGGCGAGUUUGAUUUGUUCUAUGACCGAUUGUGUGCCGCCUCGGCUAAAGCUUUGUGAGUGACAAUCUGCCGUUUAAAUUAGGGUCCGUGCUGAGGCGCAAUGAAAUACAUUUAUUUGCAAGUUGAUUUUGGAUGUCGGCUUUCUUUAAAAAGGUAUCCAACAUCCAACCGCUGCUGUCCACCAUUGUGCGGAUGGUUUGUAGCGAAGCACAGCUUGAGAUUCGACAUGCACACGUUGUUACCUUUUAAAAGAGUAAAACAAUUUUUUUUAGCAGUCAUGAAACACAGCCGGGAAUGUUUAGUAUGGGGUGGCUGGGUGGUAGCAUCCACUUAAGGCCCUGCGAGCCCCCUUCGGUAGAGAGCCGGGUCCCGAUGGUAAAUGUGUUUCACAGUAAGCACACGAUUACGGUUCUGUAAUGUACAAAUCAGCUCAGCUGGAGGAUUAUAUAGCCAUUUGCCAUGCUUUGUACAAAAACGUUGUUUGACAUUUCCGGCGACAAAAGCCUCCUUUGUCAUGUUCCACAAUGGUGUUCAAUUUAAUGUACACGUGGAAGAUGCAAUUGCACUUAAAGAGCAACAUUUCAAAGACUCUUGUCUCAAAUUACACACGUGAAGCUGCAUCCCAUUCGCUGCGUCGUCUUAAGGUCACCCUACAAUC